GGGGUGCCGCGCAUGCGCACCCCCCGGCUCCUCCACGUGCGCCGCUUCGCUUCGUCCUGCGUCCCGAUCAGCUCUUGCAGCUCGGACCUCGCUCUGGUACAGGUUGAAUUGAUUUAUGGGAGCUCUUUGGGGAACCAUACAUUCUAGUGCUUCCAUGGAUGUUUCCAGGGAUUCCAGAGUUUUGGGAGAUAAAAUGAUUUACUAACAUUCAGCUGCAACGUAGUCCCAUAUUGGGCACAGAAGAUGCCAGCUUCCUGAGAAAAGAGGCUGGCUCUUUAAGAACAGGAUUUGUGGAGCCUCCCAGUUCCUAGCCCUCUGAGCUGUUUGGCUCUCAGAACUGUCCAUCUGAAUGAAGUCACCAUUGAUCAUGUUGCCUGGACUGCAGGACGAGCUCCAGGUGUUCUGAGAAGGGGAGGAGGAAGUUGGGAAGUCUGUAGCUGCUUGGGCCUUUUUGGGCAGAGAGGCUCCUGCCAUGCACCCUCCGGAGGCCGGCCACCCUGUGGUCCGGUUCCGCCACUGUGGUAAGAAUAUCUAUUGCUUCAGAGUACCCGACUUCUGCCCUGUGUGUCAUCAGCCCCUGAGUUUCAGGACACUAGACGAAGCACCCGUCACCAUUGCCACCCCACUGAUCCAUGGGCACCAAGAACAGUGCGCCUUCCUGCUCAAGCCCACCCAAGGCACCUUUCUUAGGGAAUAUGAUGGAAAUGCUGAUCUCCAUGUUGGAAUAACCAAUACCCAUGGAACUGUGUAUAAUUACAACGAGCAAGGUAUCCACAGAGAUGACACUGGGUGGGAAGAAAGUAUAAGUAUUCAACUAUUACAGCCCAAUAUGUUUAGACUGAUGUACCGAUGGGAUAAAUAUCUGGAAGAGUUCUCUGCAACAGAUGCCUGGUCUCCCAACAGGUAUGAAGAACACCGUUACAACUGUUAUACUUAUGCCCUGACAUUCAUUAAUUCUAUACUGGCUGCAGAGGGGAGACAUCAAUUAGACAAAAAUAAAUUCACUGAGAAAUUUGUGGUACCCAAGACAAAGAGAGCUGCUAAAUAUAUCACACUCUAUCGGGCAAUAGAAGAAAAGGGUUUCUGCGUUAUUGAUCGCUUUGAUUCAACUGCAAGUCAUUCUUAGGGGAACAAUGUAUGAAUGAAAUUUUAAAAUGCACUUCUAUGUCAACAAGGGAGAUGAAAUUUGGAGAGCUGUUAUACAAGGAUUGAUUCCUGAACUUUUAAUCUUCUGUACAUUGGGUUGUCAUGGCUGAAGAAUUCCCUAGCUGGUGGCCAGCCUCCUGAUAAUGGACCUUCUCCUAAUCAGUUGCUCUAGUCUUCAGACACAAUCCAUCACCAACACCAUACUUGAAAUCUUUUCUGCAUAAUAACCUCCCAGAAAUCUUGUUUCUUUGGUCUAUUCAAGAAUCUAGAAUUGUUAGAUGAUUUUAGGUAUACGUGACAAAAGGAGCUGUAUAGCAGGAAAUAACCUGAGGAGGAGGAGCAAGGUGUGCAGAGGAGGAAAACAGGAAGGCAGUAGUGAAAGGUUGUUUACCCCCAAGAUUAAUGAUUUUGUUAUUGAAUAGCCUGUACCGUGAUGGGGUAAAGACAAAGAAAGCUGGGUAUGAGAUGAUGUAAUGAGAUGGUAUAUAAGAAGGAAUGUAACUGCAAGAAGUGGCGGCGCCAUUAGAGAAAAUGUAGAGUGCUUAAUAAACGCUUUCUGUGCUUGACAA